AUGAGUGAUGGGGAUGAGUCCAUGUCACUUGAUCAGGUGCAUAUCGUGGACGACGACAGUGAUGAAGACGACUUUGAACCAUCAUUCAUCAUUGGACAACUCACAAUCGAGCAGGCUUUUAACGAUCGAUUGCUCCAAGAAUGCUUUAGACGUGCGAUCGAUGACUCGGAGAAUGAGAGUGAGUGCUGGCGCUCAGACAACAAGAACAGGACGAUGAUACAGCUGGUCAAUAGGCGAUGGUCAUUGGUCACCAAGUCAAUGUGCAAGCAUCUGGCACUCAGCAGACACAACAUGAAUCGCUACGUCAACUUGUUCCCAACCGUGUUCAACGAGGUCACCACGCUGGAGGUCGUGUCAACAGGCGACACAUCAUUGUCGAGCUCAAAUGACAUUGCCACAACUGUAGCCACUAUGCUCCGUGCGCUUACGAAGCAGACUAGUCUAUCAUGCUUGGACCUCUCAAUGAAUGAGUUGUCAUUCGACAAUGUGGACACAAUCAUGGGUGCCAUCAAGGACAACAACAUAGUCCUCUCAAAGAAGCUUACAAAGCUGAACCUUCAAUCAAAUCCAUUGGGUAACGAUGGCAUCAGUGCACUAUGUAGCAUAUUCAGAGCACCAUAUACAUCAUGCAUCACAGAGCUCAAUCUGCAAUCUUGCGAUGCAGUUGAUGGACUAGAGUUAAUUGGCGAGAUAAUAUCAAAGUGUCCAACCUUGACAACCUUGGACUGGUCAUACAACAGAUCAGACUAUACUAGUAUGAUGGCAUUAAGCAAUGGACUUAGAGCAACUAAUAAUAUACGAACGCUAUACCUCAAGGGAUGUGAUGUCGAGGGAUGGGGAGCACUUAGCAUUGGAGACACACUGAAACUCAAUCAAUCACUUACUCAUAUCGAUCUGUCUGACAACUUCUUUGGCGACCGAGGCAUCAACAACAUCUCCACACCACUUGUGGAAAAUCACUCCUUGACUCACCUGGAUGUCUCUGGCAACAGCAUUUCAGUGGAUGGAUUCAACUCCAUAUUCAAAAGUCUAGAGUUGAAUCCUCCACUUAGAUACCUUGACCUAUCAAGGAAUAGCAUCGACUCACUUAACUUGAACAACCUUACCGAGGCUUUCUCAAAGAAUACUACAUUGGAGACACUUGUAAUGUCUGAAUGUGGACUUCAGAAUCAUCAUCUAGACCUAAUAUCAAUGGGUCUAAAGAAGAGUAGAUCAUUGACUCAUCUGGACAUCUCAAAGAACCAUAUUAGUAUUGUCCAUCCAGUGUUGGCGAUAUUGACAUCGAAUAGAUCAUUGCUACAUCUGAACUUGUCAAGGUGUCACUUCGAUUACAAUUCAGUGUAUAUAAUGCUUCACUUCUUAUGUAGAGUACCAUUCCAGUUGUUGGAUCAAGCACAAGGACAAGUUACACAUCAAGUCAACAACGUAGUCCAUGGUCUCAAGUACGUCAACCUCACCAGCAGGUCAAGCUACUCAUCAGCCAACUAUACCAACCUGAAUAGGAUUAUCAAGCAAUCACAAUCACCAAUGCUUCGUGUCAAGUUAUAA